AUGAGUAGGAUCGACCCAGAAUGGAAUAUGGACUUAUACACGAAUUGGACCGGCACGGUAGAUGCCUUUGCCGGAUAUGAUAACUUGCUGGCCUUCACUAUCGGAAAUGAAGUCAUCAAUGACGAUAAAACAACCAUCACCGCACCAUAUAUCAAAGCCGCUGCACGAGACAUCAAGAGGUUCCGAGACGCUCGAGGCUACCGUCAGAUCCCAGUCAGUUACACAGCCACAGACCUGCUAGAAACCCGAGUUCCUACUGCAGACUACCUCGCUUGCGGUGACUCUGACGAUGCUAUUGAUAUGUACGGUAUGAACAUUUACUCGUGGUGUGGCAAUGCCAGUUACUACACAUCCGGCUUCGAUAAGCUGUAUGAGCAGUUUCAGGACCUCAAUAUUCCUGUUGUAUUCUCUGAAACAGGAUGCAAAACUACAGGGGACCGCGAGUUCACCGAAGUAGCAACUAUGUUAGGGCCCGUAUUCCAGGCUGUCUUCUCCGGAGCUAUAGUGUACGAAUGGCUGAUGGAAGAGAAUGGAUAUGGGCUUGUUGAUGUUUUCGACGGUAAAUCCGCCUGGUACAGCUAUGACGGCGUACACGCCAUCGAACUCGGCACCUGCUUGCCCUACCAGUGA